GACUCAGGCAUGUGCUGUAAGAGUGUGGCAUAGCUCUUGUGUGGGAGACCCUCUGUCUGUGAGCUGCUGCCGCUGCCUUACACCGUGCGUGCCGGCUGCUACAUAUGCAGCCAGACCUGAGGUGUACUUGGGACACCUAAACCUCACUUUGGUUUUGCUCACUAGUCUGCUGUCACGAUAAACUUUGCUUUUCCUUCACUCAAACUUAUACUGAAGAAUUUUAAAAAAAUAUAUUUCCAUAACCCCUGUAACCCAGCCUACCUAUGCAGAAAGCUCAGUAAAGAACACGUCCGAGUGGGACCCAGGAAUGGAACCGCUACGCACCUUUUGCGACGGGCGCUGGACUUUGCUGCUCUUCUCGGGGAUAUUGUGCUUUGUCCUUGCCCGCGGAGCUGUGGGGUAUUAUCCCAGGUUUUCUCCCUUCUUUUUUCUUUGCACCCAUCACGGAGAGCUGGAAGGGGAUGGAGAACAAGGAGAAGUGCUCAUCUCUCUGCACCUGGCCGGCAACCCUGGCUACUACGUACCUGGGCAGGAGUACCAUGUGACAAUAUCCACUAGUACCUUCUUUGAUGGUCUUCUGGUGACUGGACUUUACACGUCUACCAGUGUUCAAGCAUCUCAGAGUAUUGGCGGCUCUAAAGCAUUUGGAUUUGGCAUUAUGAGUGAUCGUCAAUUUGGUACCCAGUUUAUGUGCAGUGUUGUUGCUUCCCAUGUGAGUCAUCUUCCCACAACAAACUUAAGUUUUGUAUGGAUUGCACCACCAGCAGGUACAGGAUGUGUCAACUUCAUGGCCACAGCAACACAUAGGGGACAAGUUAUUUUCAAGGAUGCCCUGGCACAGCAAUUGUGCGAGCAAGGAGCUCCUACAGAAGCACCAUUACGACCAAAUUUAGCGGAAAUUCACAGUGAAAGCAUCCUUUUACGAGAUGAUUUUGACUCAUAUAAGCUUCAGGAACUGAAUCCAAAUAUCUGGCUCCAGUGCAGAAAUUGUGAAGUUGGAGAGCAGUGUGGUGUAAUUAUGCAUAGUGGGGCAGUAACCUUUUGUGAUCCCUAUGGGCCAAGAGAAUUGAUAUCUGUUCAAAUGAAUACAACUACUGCAUCUGUUUUACAGUUUUCUAUUGGGUCAGGAUCAUGCAGGUUCAGCUAUUCAGACCCUGGAAUUGUGGUGUCAUACACAAAGAAUAACUCAUCUAGUUGGGUUCCAUUGGAGAGAAUUAGUGCUCCUUCCAAUGUUAGCACCAUCAUUCACAUUAUCUACCUACCCCCUGAAGUUAAAGGGGAUAGUGUGAAAUUCCGUUGGAGGCAGGAGAACAUGCAGGCGGGGGAUGUGUAUGAAGCUUGCUGGGCACUGGAUAACAUUUUGAUAAUCAAUGCUGCUCAUAAAGAAGUUGUUUUAGAAGACAAUCUAGAUCCAAUGGACACAGGAAACUGGCUUUUUUUCCCUGGUGCUACAGUAAAGCAUAGCUGUCAGUCGGAUGGAAACUCUAUAUAUUUCCAUGGUACAGAAAGCAGUGAGUACAACUUUGCUACCACCAGAGAUGUGGAUCUUUCCAGUGAGGACAUCCAAGAUCAGUGGUCUGAAGAGUUUGAGAAUCUACCAGCUGGGUGGGAAAUAGUUGGAGCAGUAAUUGGAACAGAAUGUGGAACCAUAGAAUCGGGUGCAUCCCUUGUGUUUUUGAAGGAUGGAGAAAGAAGGGUUUGCACACCUUACAUGGAUACCACAGGAUAUGGGAACCUUAGGUUUCAUUUUGUUAUGGGGGGGAUGUGCAGUCCAGGAGAAUCUCAUGAAAAUGAUGUACUUCUCUAUGCUCAGAUUGAUGGUAGAAAAGAUCGCAUUGUUAUGGAUACCCUUGCUUAUUCAUCUUAUAAGGCUCCUUCCCUUGUUUCUUCUGUUAUAAGUCCUGAUCUACAAACUCCUGCUACUAAGUUUUGUCUGAAGCAAAACAAUCACCGGGGACACAACUUAAAUGUUUGGGCUGUAGAUUUUGUCCAUGUGCUGCCUGUAUUACCAUCCACUGAAUCACAUAUGGUUCAGUUUUCCAUUAACCUUGGAUGUGGGUCACACCAGCCUGGAAAUAGUGUGAGCCUGGAAUUCUCUACGAAUCAUGGGCGCAGUUGGUCUUUACUACACUCUGAGUGUCUUCCAGAGCUGUGUGCUGGAUCUCAUCUUCCUCACAGCACUAUCUACUCAUCAGAUAACUACAGUGGAUGGAACCGAAUAACUAUUCCCCUUCCCAAUGCAGCUUUGACCAGAGACACAAGGCUUCGAUGGAGACAGAAUGGGCCAGUAAUGGGAAACAUGUGGGCACUGGAUAAUAUUUAUAUUGGACCAUCUUGUCUGAAAUUCUGUUCUGGUCGUGGGCAAUGCACAAGAACAGGCUGCAAAUGUGAACCUGGCUUUUCUGGCCCAGCAUGUGAAAUGGCCUCUCAAACAUUUCCAGUGUUUAUAUCUGAAAGUUUCACCAGCUCAAGGCUCUCAUCUUACCAUAACUUUUACUCUAUCCGUGGUGCUGAAGUUAGUUUUGGUUGUGGUGUGCUUGCAAGUGGCAAAGCUUUAAUCUUUAAUAAAGAUGGGCGACGCCAGCUCAUUACUGCCUUCCUUGACAGUUCACAAUCCCGAUUCCUGCAAUUUACUCUGCGCAUUGGAAGUAAAUCUGUUCUCAGCACAUGCAAAGCACCUGACAAACCUGGAGAGGGGGUUUUACUGCACUACUCCCAUGACAAUGGAAUCACCUGGAAACUAAUGGAGCAUUAUUCCUAUCUCAGCUAUCACGAGCCAAGAAUUAUAUCAGUCGAAUUGCCUGAAGAUGCAAAACAGUUUGGAAUCCAGUUUCGGUGGUGGCAGCCAUAUCAUUCUGGCCAAGGAGAAGAUGUGUGGGCAAUCGAUGAGAUCAUCAUGACAUCAGUACUUUUCAACAGCAUCAGUCUGAACUUUACUAAUCUUGUGGACGUUACACAGUCACUUGGAUUUUACCUGGGCAAUGUUCAGCCAUAUUGCGAACAUGAUUGGACUCUGUGUUUCACCGGAGAUUCUAAACAAGCUUCCAGCCCCCGUUAUGUGGAAACACAGUCUAUGCAAAUUGGCGCAUCCUACAUGAUACAGUUCAGCUUGGUGAUGGGAUGUGGGGAGCGCUACACUCCACAUAUGGAUAAUCAAGUUAUGUUAGAAUACUCUACAAACCAUGGUCUCACAUGGCACUUAGUACAACAGGAAUGCCUACCAAGCAUGCCCAGCUGCCAGGAGUUUACAUCUUCUAGUAUUUAUCAUUCAAGUGAGUUUACCCACUGGAGAAGAAUUACUUUGCCUUUGCCUCAAAAAACAUGGUCUGGUGCUACUCGUUUUCGCUGGAGUCAACGAUAUUAUACAUCAGAUGAUGAAUGGGCUUUGGACAAUAUUUAUAUUGGCCAACAAUGUCCUAAUAUGUGUAGUGGGCACGGCUGGUGCGACCACGGCAUAUGCAGGUGUGAUUCAGGUUAUCAAGGUUCACAGUGCCUUCCCGAAACCUUAUUGCCUUCAACCAUAAUGUCUGACUUUGAAGGUUUAAAUGGAUGGGAGACAGACUGGCUGGAAGUGGUUGGAGGAGAAAUUGUAAAGCCAGAGCAAGGCUGUGGAAUUAUUUCAUCUGGUUCAUCUAUGUAUUUCUACAAGGAUGGCAGACGUCAGCUGGUUAGCUUGGACAUGGACACCACAUGGGUUGAUUUCAUCCAGUUCUACAUUCAGAUUGGCGGUGAAACCACUUCAUGCAAUAAACCGGACAGCCGAGAAGAAGGAGUAUUAUUACAAUACAGUAAUAAUGGUGGCAUCAACUGGCAUUUGCUGGCAGAAAUGUAUUUCUCUGAUUUCAUUAAAUCUAAAUUUGUAUAUCUUGAACUACCCAAUGCUGCCAGGACUCCCUGCACCAGAUUUCGCUGGUGGCAGCCAGUGUUUUCAGGAGAAGGGUAUGAUCAGUGGGCAAUCGAUGAUGUCAUAAUUUUAUCUGAAAACCAGAAACAGAUUAUACCAGUCACUUACCCAACAAUGCCCCAGAACUUUUAUGAGAAACCUGCUUUUGACUACCCUGUGAAUCAAAUGAAUGUCUGGCUAAUGCUGGCAAAUGAAGGAAUGCCUAAAAAUGAAAGCUUCUGCUCUCUUACCCCUUCUGCCAUGAUAUUUGGGAAAUCAGAUGGUGAUCGAUUUGCAGUUACCAGAGAUCUUACAUUAAAGCCUGGAUAUGUCCUUCAGUUCAAGUUGAAUGUAGGUUGCACUAAUGAGUUCAGUGGUAUGGCCCCCGUCCUUCUCCAGUACUCCCACGAUGCUGGCUUGUCUUGGUCAUUGGUAAGGGAAGGCUGCUAUCCUGCAUCUCCAGGAAUAAAAGAUUGUGAAGGAAGUUCUCGAGAGUUAGGAGAACCAACGUCUUACUACACUGGAGAUUAUGAAGACUGGACUAGAAUAACCAUUGUGAUUCCACGAUCUCUUGCUUCAAGUAAAACAAGAUUCCGAUGGAUUCAAGAAAGUAGCUCUUUUAGUAAUGUACCUGCAUUUGGCCUGGAUGGAGUUUAUAUCUCAGAACCAUGCCCGAGCUACUGUAAUGGUUAUGGGGAUUGUGUUUCUGGUGUAUGUUUUUGUGAUCGAGGAUAUACAGCCGAACACGGAACAUGUGCCUCAAACAGACCCAAUCCAAGUGAGAUGUUUGACAGAUUUGAAGGCAAGCUCAGUCAGCAGUGGUAUAAAAUCACUGGAGGACAGGUGGGGACAGGCUGUGGAGUACUGAGCGAUGGCAAAUCUCUUUAUCUUAAUGGGCCUGGAAAAAGAGAAGCCAGAACUGCUGCUUUGGACACAACUAAUACCAGACUGAUUCAGUUUUACAUACAAAUUGGAAAUACUAAUGGUGGAUCCACUUGUGGAAAGCCAAAGGCAAGGAAUGAAGGUGUUGUUGUUCAGUAUACCAACGAUAAUGGAAUUAGCUGGAAUCUGCUGCGAGAACUAGAUUUUAUGUCCUAUUUGGAACCACAAAUAAUCUCCAUUGAAUUGCCCCGAAAUGCUAAGACAUCUGGUACUGCUUUCAGGUGGUGGCAGCCGCAGCAUGGAAAGCAGUCAGCACAAUGGGCACUCGAUGAUGUGCUGAUUGGGAUGAAUGACAGUUCUCGGAAUGGUUUCCAGGAUAAAUUUGAUGGAUCAGUUGAUUUGCAUGCAAAUUGGUACAGAAUACAAGGUGGUCAAGUAGAUGUUGACUGCUUGUCUAUGGAUACAGCCCUUUUAUUCAAUGAGAAUAUAGGUAAACCUCGGUAUGCAGAAACUUGGGAUUUCCAUGUGAUGCCUUCCAGUUCUCUACAAUUUAAUUUGAACAUGGGCUGCAGUAAGCAGCUUAGUAAUUCCCAUGUAGUUCAGCUGCAGUUCUCUGUAAAUAACGGAAGAGAUUGGCAGCAGGUUACUGAAGAAUGUAUCCCUCCUAGCAUUGGGUGCUUGCAUUAUACAGAAAGUUCUGUGUACUCAUCGGAAAGGUUCCAGACCUCAAAAAGAAUUACAGUCUACCUGCCCUCUGCUACAGUGUCUCCAAGGACACGGUUUAGAUGGAUUCAGUAUAAUUAUGGUUCAGGGGCUGAUGCCUGGGCCAUUGAUAAUGUUGUGCUUUCUUCAGGGUGUCCAUGGAUGUGUUCUGGCCAUGGAAUAUGUGAUUCUGGUCACUGUGUGUGUGACAGGGGUUUUGGAGGUCCGUACUGUGUCCCUGUCAGCCCCCUACCUUCAAUCCUAAAAGAUGACUUUAAUGGAAAUUUGCAUCCUGACCUCUGGCCAGAAGUUUAUGGAGGAGAACGAGGAAAUCUGAAUGGAGAAACCAUUAAAUCUGGAACAGCUCUCAUCUUUAAAGGGGAUGGACUCAGAAUGCUCAUCUCUAGAGAUCUUGACUGCACACAUACAUUGUACAUUCAGUUUUCAUUUAAGUUCAUUACUAAAGGUACCCCAGAGAGGUCACAUUCGAUUCUUCUACAGUACUCAAUUAGUGGGGGAAUAACAUGGCACCUCAUGGAUGAAUUUUAUUUUACCCAGACCACAGAUGUACUGUUUGUCAAUGUUCCUCUUCCAAACACUGCCCAGACCAAUGCAACUCGCUUUCGUCUCUGGCAACCUUACCACAACGGAAAAAAAGAUGAAGUUUGGAUCAUUGAAGACUUUGUGAUUGAUGGAAAUAAUAUGGCCAAUCCUGCCAUCCUUUUGGAUACGUUUGACUUUGGACCUAAUGAAGAGAAUUGGUUUUUCUAUCCAGGUGGAAACAUUGCUUUGUAUUGUCCAUAUACUUCUAAGGGAUCACCGGAGGAAGAUUCAGCAAUGGUGUUUGUUUCUAAUGAAGUUGGAGAACAUUCUAUCACUACAAGAGAUCUAGACGUGGAUGAGAACACCAUCAUUCAAUUUGAGAUUAAUGUAGGGUGUACCAGUGACAGCUCCUCUGCUGAUCCUGUGAAGCUGGAGUUCUCAAGAGAUUUUGGUGCAACAUGGCACUUGCUUCUGCCUUUGUGCUACAGUAGCAGCAGCCACAUCAGUUCUUUGUGUUCCACUGAGCAUCACCCAAGUAGCACUUACUACGCAGGGACUACACAAGGGUGGAGACGUGAAGUCAUCAACUUUGGGAAACUGCGUUUAUGUGGAUCAAUUCGAUUUCGCUGGUACCAAGGAUUUUAUCCCAUCACUAUGCAGCCUGUGACAUGGGCCAUUGAUAAUAUUUAUAUUGGCCCACAAUGUGAAGAAAUGUGUAAUGGACAUGGAAGUUGUAUCAAUGGAACAAAGUGUAUCUGUGACCCAGGCUACUCUGGUCCCACGUGUAAAGUGAGCACUAAAAACCCAGACUUUCUGAAGGAUGAUUUUGAGGGUCAGUUAGAAUCAGAUAGAUUUUUGCUGGUGAGUGGUGGGAAAACAUCCAGGAAAUGUGGCAUCCUGUCAAGUGGGAACAACCUGUUUUUCAAUGAAGAAGGUUUACGAAUGCUGGUGACUCGGGAUUUAGAUCUAUCUUUGGCACGAUUUGUACAGUUCUUUAUGCGCUUAGGAUGUGGGAAAGCUGUUCCAGAUCCCAGGAGCCAGCCUGUCCUUCUUCAGUUUUCAUUAGAUGGUGGACUUUCAUGGAGUGUUUUACAAGAGUUUCACUUUAGUAAUUCUAGUAAUGUGGGGCGAUAUGUUGCUCUGGAAAUCCCUCUAAAGGCCCGCUCCCCCUCUACUCGUCUGCGCUGGUGGCAGCCAUCCGAGAAUGGACAUUUCUAUAGCCCAUGGGUCAUUGAUCAAAUUCUUAUUGGUGGAAAUGUUUCUGGUAACACUGUCAUUGAAGAUGACUUUUCCAGUCUGGAUAACAAAAAGUGGCUUCUCCAUCCAGGAGGCACAAAAAUGUCUGUAUGCGGAUCUAGUGGAGAUGCCCUUGUAUUUAUUGAGAAGGCAAGCACUCGAUAUGUUGUGACCACAGACAUUGUAGUAAAUGAGGACUCCUUCUUGCAGAUUGACUUUGCAGCUUCAUGUUCAGUUACUGAUUCUUGUUAUGCAAUUGAAUUGGAAUAUUCUGUGGAUCUUGGUCUUUCAUGGAAUCCAGUACUUAAAGACUGCCUCCCAACGAACGUAGAAUGCAGUAAUUAUCAGCUGCAGAGGGCACUGGUGUCUGAUACUUUUAACAAAUGGACCAGAUUUACUUUGCCACUGCCUCCUUAUACCAGGUCUCAGGCUACCCGAUUUCGUUGGAAUCAACCAUCACCUUUUGACAAACAGCAGACAUGGGCUAUUGACAAUGUCUAUAUUGGAGAUGGAUGUGUGGAUAUGUGCAGUGGCCACGGGCGAUGUGUUCAAGGAACCUGUGUGUGUGAUGACAACUGGGGAGGAAUUUAUUGUGAUGAACCAGAGCUGUCUCUCCCAACACAACUGAAGGACACAUUUAACCGAGCUCCAUCCAGCCACAACUGGCUGACUGUAAAUGGAGGAAAGCUUAGCAGUGUAUGUGGUGCUGUGGCCUCUGGGAUGGCUCUUCACUUCAGUGGGGGAUGCAGCCGUUUGUUAGUUUCUGUGGAUUUGAAUCUCACUAAUGCUGAGUUUGUUCAAUUUUACUUCAUGUACGGAUGCCUCAUAAUACCUCACAGCCGUAAUCAAGGCGUCCUCCUUGAGUAUUCUGUGAAUGGGGGUAUUAAUUGGUUUCUUUUGAUGGAAAUCUUUUAUGAUCAGUACAGCAAACCUGGUUUUGUGAAUAUUCUUUUGCCUGCUAGUGCCAAGACAGUGGGAACUCGUUUCCGCUGGUGGCAACCAAAACACGACGGACUGGACCAGAAUGAUUGGGCGAUUGACAAUGUGCUGAUUUCUGGCUCUGCAGAUCAGAGCACAGUGAUGUUAGAUACAUUCAGCAGUGCGCCACUGCCGCAGCAUGAACGCACACCUGCUGAUUCAGGCCCCACCGGAAGAAUAUCUUUCGAAAUGUUUAGUGAAGACAAAACCACAGUUAAUAAACAUUGGCUUUUCCAUGAUGAUUGCAGUAUUGAGCGAUUCUGUGAUUCGCCUGAUGGUGUUAUGAUAUGUGGGAGUCACGAUGGCAGAGAAGUGUACACAGUUACACACGACCUUACUCCAGCUGAAGGAUGGAUCAUGCAGUUUAAGAUUGCCGUUGGUUGCCGCAGCUCAGAGAAGAAUGUACAAAACCAAGUUCAUGUACAAUAUUCCACUGAUUUUGGUGUAAGCUGGACUUACUUAGUGCCCCAGUGUUUGCCAGCAGACCCAAAAUGCUCUGGUACUGUUUCCCAGCCAUCAGUAUUUUUCCCAGCUAAGGGAUGGAAACGUGUGACUUACACACUGCCUGACAGUCUCAUUGGCAAUCCUGUCAGAUUUAGGUUUUACCAGAAGUAUUCAGAUAUGCAGUGGGCAAUUGAUAACUUCUACAUUGGACCCGGAUGUCUGGACAACUGUAAUGGCCAUGGAGAUUGCUUGAGAGAACAAUGUAUCUGUGACUCAGGAUACUCUGGUCCAAACUGUUACCUGACACACAAUCUUAAGACAUUUCUGAAGGAGCGUUUUGAUUCUGAGGAAAUAAGAUCUGAUUUCUGGCUGUCUGUUGAUGGAGGAAAGACUUGCACAGAUUGUGGGGUCCUGGCUGAAGACAUGGCUCUGUACUUUGGUGCUUCUGCAGUAAGACAAACCAUCACCCAAGACCUGGAUCUAAGGGGGGCAAAGUUUGUGCAGUACUGGGCAAGAAUUGGCAGCGAAAACAUGACAUCUUGCCGCAAACCAGUAUGUAGAAAAGAAGGUGUGCUUUUAGAUUACUCCAUUGAUGGAGGAAUUACUUGGACAUUGCUGCAUGAAAUGGAUUACCAGAAAUACAUGUCAGUGCGCUAUGACUACAUACUCCUCCCCGAGAAUGCCCAAACAAACACAACUCGCUUGCGUUGGUGGCAGCCUUUCACUGUCAGCAAUGGCCUAGUGGUGUUAGGACAAGAGCGUUCUCAAUGGGCACUUGACAAUAUAUUAAUUGGAGGGGCAGAGAUAAACCCCAGCCAGCUCGUAGACACAUUUGAUGAUGAAGGCACUUCCCAUGAUGAACACUGGAGUUUUUAUCCCAAUGCUGUGAGAACUGCUGGCUUUUGUGGUAACCCAUCAUUCCACCUGUACUGGCCCAAUAAGAAAAAAGACAAGACACACAAUAUACUUUCAUCAAGGGAGCUGAUCAUACAGCCAGGAUAUAUGAUACAGUUUAAGAUUGUGGUUGGUUGUGAUGUAAGCUCCUGUGUUGACCUUCAUUCAGUUAUGCUUGAAUAUACAAAGGAUGCCAGGUAUUAUCUUAAAACUGAUUCGUGGCAGUUGGUACAGACUCAGUGCCUUCCUUCCUCCUCAAACAGUGUUGGUUGUUCUCCAUUUUUGUUUCAUGAAGCCUCCAUUUAUAAUUCUGUUAAUAGCUCUGUAUGGAAACGUGUUACCCUGCAACUCCCUGAUUAUGUUUCAUCAAGUGCCACUCAGUUCCGCUGGAUUCAGAAAGGGGAUGAGACAGAGAAGCAAAGCUGGGCAGUUGACCAUGUGUAUAUUGGAGAAGCCUGUCCCAAGCUGUGCAGUGGCCAUGGAUACUGUACAACUGGAGCAAUUUGCCUAUGUGACGAGGGAUAUCAAGGUGAUGACUGCUCUUUGUUUAACCAUGACCUACCAAGCUACAUUAAAGAUAAUUUUGAAUCUGAAAAAGUAACAGAAAUAAACUGGGAAAACAUCCAAGGUGGUGUAAUUGGGAAUGGAUGUGGCCAGCUCUCGCCAUACGCACAUGGAGACUCCUUAUAUUUCAAUGGGUGCCAGAUAAGACAAGCCAUCACAAAGCCAUUGGAUCUAACUAGAGCCAGCAAAAUAAUGUUCGUCCUUCAGAUUGGAAGUAUUGCUCAGACAGACAGCUGCAAUACCAACCUCAGUGACACCAACACUGUAGAUAAGGCAGUGCUGCUACAAUACAGUGUUAAUAAUGGAAUAACAUGGCAAGUUAUUGCACAGCACCAGCCAAAAGACUUUAUUCAAGCCCAGAGGGUCUCUUACAACAUUCCACUGGAAGCACGAAUGAAAGGAGUUUUGCUCCGCUGGUGGCAGCCACGCCACAAUGGAAUAGGUCAUGAUCAGUGGGCUUUGGAUCAUGUAGAAGUUGUACUCGUAAGCACACGCAAACAAAAUUACAUGAUGAAUUUUUCAAGACAACAUGGGCUCAGGCAUUUCUACAACAGAAGGCGAAGGUCUCUGAGACGAUACCCAUGAAGCAGUGAUAUGUGUGUAAUUCCUUCUCUCAUCAUGUGAUGUGUCACUUUUCAUUCAAUCUACCAAAACAGUGCAGCCGCUCUCCAACUCUCCUGCAAUUGGCUUAAAUAACCAAGAACCUCUUUUAAGACUGGACAUAGCCCAUUUCUCACACUGUGAACUAAUGAGAAGUGACUUAUAUUUUCUCAUCAGUAACUGUUAAAAUGUUAAUGUGUCCGUGAAAUAUGUGAUCUGUUGUAAUAUCAGUUUAAUUGGCAGUAUUGGAAUAAAGCAAUGUGUUCUAUAAGGAGGUGAACAUUGUUAAGCACAAGGACUUCAAAUAUUGCUGAGAAAUGUAUAAGCGCAGCAUUAAUGGAAUUAAAUGUUUUUUCUUCUCUUGACACAGAUAUUUAAGUGCCCUGUAUCUCAUGUAUGUAUCAUAUUUUAUAAGAUUAAAUUAUCACGGUUUGUCUUUUAUGUAGUCUCAGCUCAGAUGUGAGUUGAUGACAUAGCGUACACUUGUGUGUAUUUUCUGCGUGUCUUUUGGCCUGUCGAAUGUACAAGCUGGUAUCAACUUUAAUUUAAGUAUAUGUACCUGAAAGAGAAGAACAGGUCAAAAUUGUUUCUGAGCCUGUGUUUACCACUCGGACAUGCUCAUUUAUGGGCAGUGUUGGAACUGGGAAUAGGAGUUUGUAAACUAAAAGUUUAUGAUAAUUUUUGCAAAUACUCAAACAACCAUCCUUCUCAAUAACAGUCUACUUGUGUUUGAGGGACAAUAAGCUGACAGUAACUGCCAAUGUGUGGUGUCUGUGGCACUGAAGUGAUUUGUAACCAGUGGAUGUUUCAUUGUGUUCCAUUUGUGUUUUGUUUUUUUAUUGCAGGUCAUUGUACUUUCUGCUUACGUAACUCCACCAGCAAAAGUAACAUGGCCAAUGUUUCUCUAUAUCAGACAUCAUGCUAAUAAAGAGAACCCUGAUUUAUGUCAGUGAUUAUCUUACAGAAAGCCUCAUGUAUUUUUUUAACAUAUUUGAAUGCAAUAGCUGUGUUUAGAAUGUUAUGUAUCCUUCUGUAUCAUGGACCACACUUUGUAUAUACCAUUACUAAGUACAAAAUACUGGAGAUAGCAGCCUUCUCAUUAUUCUACUUUAAUACCUGUUCUUAUGACAUUUCUGCAGAAAUAAACUGUUCUGAAUGUUU